GCUUUAUAAUGAAGGAGUGACCUUCAUUUAGAUUCAGUUUGGACCAAACGGAGCGUGUGAUCUGAUUACCAAUAUUUGUUGAAAUACAGUGCUCUUGUGAACCCAGUACGCGUAUAAUCGUACGAGGCAACGCACCUAUUGGUAUAUUGUUAGACUAACUGUAUUGGUUCGGAACACACCUCACGGACUCAAUUAAAGAUGCCGUCAUCUGGACACUCGUGCUACUUCAGUAAAUGUUGCUUCUGCAUCGACUUAAAGACAGGAUGCUUUAUUUUGGCCUACUUGAACCUGGUUGGAGUUAUUAUUUCUAUAAUACUGACAGGUGUUGGUCUGGGUGCAAUAAUCACACUAGCUCAGUCGAACCCUGAGCUCAAACAUGCAAUCCCAGCGGCCAUCGGGCUUACUUCUGUUUUGCUUAUAUUCAUGAUAUUAGCACUGGCGUUCAGUAUUGUACUUCUUGUCGGUCUACAUAAGGACAAGCCUGAACACGUCAAGUCUUAUUUAAUUUUCAACGGCAUAUUUGUUGGGAUCUACGCUGUACUUUUAAUCAUAACAAUUAUAUUAGGACAAGUCACAGUACAAAUGAUAUGUACAAGAAUCCUACAGAUACGUAAGUAUAAAACAUUUCGUUUAUUAUUCGUUAAUUAUACACAAUUUAUUUACUGGUCCGGUAAAGUUAAUUAGUAGAACAAUUUGUGUGUCUGAUGAGAUAGUAGUUUUAUACAUACCGUUAUCAGUAUGUAACCUCUUAAAUAAAUUUUACUUAGAUUACAUUAUCAAUGCACUUGUAUGUAGAAAUUGUUUUUUCCUCACUUAAUACAAAUAGUACCUGGGUGACCGAGCUUAGCUCGGUAUUUUUAGUAAACGUGUGAA